AUGGGGGAAGACAUGUGGCUGUGGAAUGAUGAAGGUAUCUAUGCAGAUGAGGAGAAUCCCAAGUUGUGUCAUGCUGGCUGCCUGACAUGCUCAGCGUUAAACGGCUGCCUGUCCUGUAAGCCCCGCCUCUUCUUCCACUUGGAGCAUGAUGGGAUGCGGGAGAGGGGGACAUGUCUGCUAUCCUGCCCCAGAGGUCACUAUGGGACACGCUCCCCACAUGUCAACACCUGCACCAAGUGCAGGGAGGACUGUGUUUCCUGCUUCAACAGGAACUUCUGCACUCACUGUCACCAGGGCCACUACCUGUACAGAGGGAGGUGUGAGGACAGCUGCCCCGAGGGCCUGCCCCCAAACGCUGCACUAAGAGAGUGCAAUGAUUGUCCAGUGGGCUGUGAGGUGUGUGUGACGAGGAACACCUGCACCAGGUGUAGAGCAGGACUGUACCUCCUGCAUGGCCAGUGCCAUCAUACCUGCCCAGGGUGGUUUGAGCCUGAUAAACAGCUCAUGGAGUGCAUUUCUCAAGUACACUGUAAGGUGGGAGAAUGGGGAGACUGGGGCCUCUGCUUUCGGAGAGGGAGGACCCGGGGCUACAGGAAUUUUGAGGAGGUACGAAGACGAGAGGUCCUACGGCACCCCACCCUGUAUGGCGACCCCUGCCCUAAAGUCAAAGAGUGGAGGAAAUGUGUCAAAAGGAGACCGAGUCCAGGUAUACUGGUGAUCAAACUGUUGACCUGCAUUGGUUGA